GGCCAAGCGAACGCCAGCCAAGUUACCCACCCGCCAACACGUCGUCUUCUUCUUCUUCUUCCUCCCCUAUCUAUCUACAAAAGCGACGGCGGGCACACCAUCAGCCUCCAGUCGAGUCGAGGGACCUAUCCCAGAACCUCACGAGCAAGCGCGCGCAGCCACCGAAAACCAUACGCGCUGCCCGCUUCCUGCCGUCGUCGCGGCGCGAUCGAGGUGGAGAAUCAGAGAGGCGAUCCAUGAAGGAGGCACUCGUUGCGCUCGCGGGCGGCGGAAAGCGGCUGUCUGCGCGGGAGGAGGAGAUACUGGCCCUCCUCGCGGUCUUCCCCGACGGCGGCGGCGGCGGCGGCGGCUCCGACCGUGAGCUCUCCUUCUCCGACCUCGUCGAGGCCGGCGCCAGGCCGCCGAGCGCGGACGCGGACCUUGGCGCCCCGGCGGCAGCGCCGCGGGAGGAUCGCGCGACUGCGGGGCACGAGGCGGCGGCAGCUGCGGCGUCGAAGCAGCAGCGGCAGCAGGCGGCGAGGUUGAAGGCGCGGCGGAGCGGCGGCAGUAGGGGGAGCUACGGCGGAGGCGGCGACGGCGUGCUGCUCAACUUCUACGUGCCGGGGCUUCUCACCAGGAGCAUGACCACGCCAAGGCACAGCCGCGGGCCGCUGUCGCCCGGGGCCGUCCAGGGCGCGCCGGCGAAACCUGCCGCCGGAAAAGCCAGCAGGACACAGAGGGCACUGGGCAUCGGCUGCUUUCCGGCGCUGUGGGGACGCGGCCGCGGCCCGGCCAAGGUCUGCAGCUGAAGCUGAGAGACGAUCACCGGCGCCGGCCACCAACCGGAGUAGAGUAGCUAGCUUCUUUCAUGUGCCUUCGUUUUUGCUCUGCAACUAACAAGCGAGAUGUGACCAUGCUUCUUGCACCUGUAAAAAAUGCCGUCCGUUGCCGUCCUUGCCCUCUCC